AUGGCUAAGCUUUCAACUGAAAUCUGCAAUAAUUCCUGGCUCAUUUAUGGGUCCAAAAUUGGUUUAAAGCUGGGAUUUUGUUCUGGUUUAUUUUGCUGUAUACAGGUUGCAUGGCACAAACCUCAUACAAAUUUCUACAAGCUCAACAUAGACGGUGCGUUCAAUGAGAAAGAAAACUUGGGGAGUUUAGUAGGUGUAUUCAGGAACCAUAAUGGCCACUGGAUAGCAGGCUUUCAACACCACUGCCCAGCUAUAUUACCACUACAAACAAAACUAGAAGCACUCAAGGAAGGCCUCAAUAUAGUAUUUACGAAGGGAUUCACUCCACUGAUCAUCGAAACUGACGCAACAGAGGUGGUUAAUGCUCCAGCUGAAGCAGCCGUCAAUCCAGCAUAA